UAGAUGAUUAAGAAAUCAAAAUGGCGUCGCGUGCACGGUGCCGAUAAUUUUCGUUACAUUAGAAUGUUCGUUAUUAUUUUUUGUGCAUGAUAUAAGUAAAAUGCGAGCAAUAUAUGCUGUUUAAAUGAGUGACAUUUAAUGAAAUUUUAUAUGAGAAAUUGUGAAAUAACAUCAUUCUUGUAGCAUCAUAAUUUUGGAAUAACUCGUGCGACAACCGUUGUGAGACAAUCAAAGAAAAAGUACUGUUUUGCGUAUGGCUUUUAAACUGCACGGACAGUUUCUUAUCGCCGUUAAUCGUGUUCUUGGUGAAAAACAUCAUUGACAUGACGAAAGACGUGUGUUUAAUUUUCGUGCAUUGUGAAACUACGACAAGCUAUGUGCUUUGACGUGCACGAGUGAAAACUAGUUUCGUUCAAAGACUCGUGAAGGUGUGGAGACGACGUGCGUGUUAGCCACCAUGGCGGUGAAUCCGCGUGAUAUGGACGGUUUUAUGCCGCUCCUGUCAACGACGGACAUCAAGAAAAAGUUAAAUGUUGGUAGUUUACUGUUGAAUUAUUUAGGAGAUGCAACAAAGAGUAUCGAAUGUCAAGACAUCGGGCAGUUUAUCGAUAACAUCAUACCAUGGUUAAGCAACGGCAAUCCUAAGGUCGUCCAGAAUGGUUUAGAAAUCCUCACGUUUCUAGCGGAUCGAAUGGGUCACGACUUCAAACCUUAUAUUUCCACUAUUAUUCAACCAACAAUAGAUCGACUGGGUGACAGCAAAGAUGCGACGCGAGAAAAAGCGCAGCUAGUGCUUCUUAAAAUAAUAGAAAAAGGAUGUAUGACUCCUCAGCAACUUUUGGAUAGACUGCGGCCGGCCUUUAAUCAUAAGAAUGCAAAAUUACGGGAAGAAGCUCUUAUUUUGUUAACAACAACGUUGAACGAGCACGGCGCUGAUGAAAUGAUGUUGUCAGGAGUGAUUCCAAGUAUCGUAAAAUUAUUAUCAGAUCCAUCUGAAAAAGUGCGAGAAACUGCUUUGAACACAUUAGCGGAUAUCUACAGACACGUUGGCGAGAGAUUACGCGUGGAUUUACAGAGAAAGCACAAUGUACCGCAAGCUAAAUUACUGUUGUUGAUAGAGAAAUUCGAUCAAUUGAAAGCGGCCGGCGACCUGCUGCCUCUAGCAAUGUCCUCGGAUGUUGGAAAAGUGUCUGAUGAAACAGAUAGAGCUAUUAAAUCAGCUCCUGUGAAAAGAUCAGCUGCUCCUCUAAAGAGAGGACAAUUUGGUCCAGCAAAAACUUCAUCUUCAACUUUAGCUCAGCCUGGUAAUACACCUUCCAUGGUUCCAAGGGCUACAACCGUCAAAAGAAACGUGUCAGUAAAAUCGACAUCAGCUCAAGCUGGUGCCGUCGAUGAAGAAACCUUCCUUACAACAUUCGAAGAUGUGCCAUCCGUAAAUUUAUUUUCCGCAAAAGAUCUUGAAGAGCAAAUGAAAAUUAUAAAAGAUAAUGUUGGCGAUGAUAAAAAGGAUUGGAAACAAAGGACGGAAAGUAUGAAAAAAUUAAGAGCAAUCAUUAUCGCAGGCGGUACGAAUUACGAAAACUUUUUAGAAAAUUUGAAGAAUGUUCAAAGACCUUUUGAGGUUGCUUGCACGGAUCUUAGAUCGCAAGUAGUGAGGGAGGCGUGCAUUACUUUAGCAUAUCUUAGUCAACAGUUAAAAAAUAAGUUUGCCAGCUUUGGAGAAGCGGUCUUACUCACCUUAAUGAAUCUCAUACAAAAUAGUGCCAAGGUUGUGGCAACAGCUGGUGCCGUAGCAGUAAGGUUUAUUCUUCAAAAUACACAUUGCAGUCGUUUUGUGCCAAUUAUCACGUCGUGCUUAAGUCACAAGAGUAAAGACAUACGUCGGGCUUCAUGCGAAUAUCUAAAUCUAAUUUUACAAAUAUGGCCUACUCAAAUAUUACAAAAACACGUGACUACGUUGCAAGACACGAUCAAGAAAGGUAUUGCAGAUUCAGAUUCGGAAGCGAGAGCUUUUGCUAGGAAAUCGUAUUGGGCGUUCAAAGAUCAUUUCCCUGAACAAGCAGAAGCGUUGCUCAAUAGCCUUGACACUGCAUACAAACGUUCGUUGAUGUCUCUCAGCAACAGCGGUAGCAUUAACAGUUUAAAUGUAGUUACGAGAUCGGCGAGCGUUAGUCCCCGAACAUCGAGACCAGUCAUGAGCGUUACAGGUAGUACGGAAAAUUUGCAUCAAACUUCGGGUCAACCACAUGGCCCGCUCAGACGAACGCCGUCCUUGCCACGGUCAUAUCGUCAAUCUGGUAUCCCAGUCCUUCAAAGACCCACUGAUAGCCAUUAUCGUGGAACUUCGAGUGUUAGGUCGACUAGUGCGAUAGAUUUGCAAGCCGCGCAAAGAGCUAAAGCUAGAAUGAUGUAUGCGAACAUGAGUAGACAGAAAGCAUCGCUUCCACGUCCUAGCAAAUCACCAGACACAACUGCUGUUGCUAGUCCAGAAAGAACGGCAAGAACAAGAACUCGAAUGUCUGGAGUGUCGCAAUCUCAGCCUAGCAGUAGAUCAGGAUCGCCAUCGUCAAGACUGAGUUAUGCAACUUAUAAUCGUGAAGGAGAAUCAUUAAUUGCAAGACCUAGACGGUUAUCUGGACAUGGAAUCAGAAGUACCGGUAAUAGUCGUGAGCCAAGCCCACAAAGGUUUGGAAUGGACAGAAGUUUUGCAAGCAAAAUACGGGGAAGAAGUUUACAUAUGUCUCCAACGGAUAGACCUCAAUCCAGACCAGUCAUGGCACAAAAGAUGUUGCAACAAUCACGCGAAGCAGAAUCAGCAUUGGCGGAUGCGCUUACAUUUGAAAAUAUUGAUAAUUAUACAAGAACACCGAGAGGAAAAGGUGAUCACAGUGAUGACAGUGAAACUAGCAGCAUAUGUUCUGAACGAAGUAUGGACAGUUUUAGACGACCAAACGAUUCGUUCUCAUGGAGUGGCUCUCAACAAAGACUAUAUCGUGAUAUGUGGGAUCAGUCUAUCCCAAAGGAUAUUAAGGAAAUUAUAGAAAAUUGUGCACAUAAACAUUGGGGCGAUAGAAAAGAAGGUUUAGUUGGAUUACAACAUUUUCUUUCAAACGGAAAUACGCUUACAGCUACGGAAUUGAGAAAAGUAACGGAUAUUUUUACGAAAAUGUUCAUGGAUUCUCACACAAAAGUUUUCAGUUUAUUUUUGGACACAUUGAAUGAACUAAUAACUACUCAUAGUGAAGAUCUUGGCGAUUGGCUUUAUGUUUUAUGUGCAAGACUUUUGAACAAAUUAGGCACUGACUUACUUGGUUCGAUACAAGCAAAAAUUCAUAAAACGCUUGAAGUUGUUAGAGAAUAUUUUCCAGGAGAGCAACUUUUACCUGCUGUAAUGAGGUAUUUAACAGAUCCAACACAAACUCCAAACUCUCGCGUAAAAGUGGCGACGCUUAUGUUUAUUACACAAAUAGCAGAAACAGCACAACCAUCUGCACUUAAUAGUUCUGCAGGAACAGCAUUAGCAAGGUUACUUGAUUGGUCGAAUGAUGUUAAAAGUCAAGAAGUCAGAAGGCAUGCACAAAAUGCUGUUAUAUCGCUAUAUAAUUUAAAUCCUCCAAAAGUGACUAUGAUAUUAGCUGAAUUACCGAAGUAUUAUCAGGAAGCGGCAUUGCCAUUAGUACAGAAUCAUUUAAGAAAAUCAUCAGGUUCGAGUAAUCCUGCAUCUCCUGGAACUCCUCCUCCUAGAGCACAGAGCUCACCAGCUCGUUCGAAAGGUAAAACUGAUAUCGACAAUGCGGAUGAAAAUUUGGAAGAAGUUUAUAAUACUUUCUACAGAUCAUUAAGACGUACAACAGCUGAAAUACAAAAUUAUGGUUUUGAACGUUUGGAAAGAGCAACUACUAGUAAAGAUAGUGGAAUUAGCAAUAUGGCUGAUGUAGAAGAAAAAAUGGAAGGACUUACAUUAUGCAAUUCGGGUCGUUCAUCUUCUGUUUCUUCUCCUACCCAAAGAGGACGAUCUGUUACUAAUAUUACAGUAAAUGGUUCAAGUGAUACUAUUGCAGGAGAUUUAAUUCUACCUCAAGAAAAUAAUGGUUAUAAAACGCAUGGUUCAUCACCAGAUUCGAUAAAAAGGCCAGAAGUUUUAGAUAAUAUGAUUAAAACAUUACAAUCUAAAAUGACACAAACCGAAGAGAAAGUAUCAGCAUUACAAGAAUUUCAAUUAUACGUUCGUGAGGGAGAUGCCUUGUAUAUUAAACAAAAUUUUAAAAAACUGCUCAAAACAUUAUUAGAUAGUUUGACUAACGAUAGUAAGAAGAUGCAAGUAGAAGUACUUCAAACUCUAAUUGAUAUGCUUAAAUGUACGGAACUUGUAGAUAGCUUUUCUGUUUAUCCUGAAUUAUUGGUUUUAAAAGUGAUUAACGCGUAUAAGUUAGAUGAUCAAAAACAAGAUUCUUCCAGUAGCAGUAAUUCCAGAUCUCCAGUUCUAUGGAUGGCGGAAAAAUGUGCUGCAACGAUAGCAAUGGUUUUAAAACCAGAACAAGUUAUUCACUUAGUAUCAACUAUAAUAACUACUGAACCAUAUCCCUUGAAUAUGGGCGCAAUAAAAAUGCUUCAUAAGGUUGUGGAACAUUGGGGUCGUGAUGCAAUAGAACCUCAUUUAUCAAAAGUUAUGCCUGGUCUUAUCAAAGCAUAUGAUGAUACUGAAAGUGCAGUGCGCAAAAGUGCUGUAUUCUGUAUGGUAGCAAUACACUUGGCAGUUGGUGAAGAGUUGUUGAAACCUCAUCUCAGUUGUUUAUAUACCAGCAAAUUGAAGCUUUUAAACAUUUAUAUACAACGCGCGCAACAAGCGAACAGUCAACCAGCAAGUCCACGUAGCAAUAGCAAAAAUUAACUAACACCAAAUUCCGCGACACUUAGGAUCGCGAUACUUAAAAGGUUUGCUCGUUUGAGUGCAAGACAUGAACGAAUGCUGGUUAGCUUCCUUAGUAAGUCCAAUCCGUGACAACUAUCAUCGAACGAUAGAAAAAUACAAGUCGAUGUUUUUCAAUAUGAUAGACUGAUCUGCAUGAUUUCACGGCAAGGUGUGUGCGACAUACCUGACCUCCUGACAGUGAUGUUGCACAAAAGCAGGUAGUAUACAAGUUAUUUAUGCAUAUUGUUUUGUUUACCAAAAAUUUAUACCUAUUGCAAUGAGAGAAUUGCUUUAGAUGUAAGAUUUCUCCAGUCAUAAUAUAUAUAUAUUUUUUAUCGAUACGUUACAUCUUGAUAUUAAGUUGCAGCGUCGUUUCUUAUGAAAGAAAGAAGAGAAAAGCUUUAAAAAAAAGAAAAAGAAAAAAGAGAGAAAAAAAAAAAGAAAACACUCCUCCGUAUGUUAUGCAGCUCAUAAAGAAUAGUAUCGUGCCUCUUGUUCACUUUGUGAUUUUGUAUACUUUAAAUUUUGUUCGCUAUUCGUUAGGAUAUUGUAUAUAUAUUAUAUUUAGGUAUCUCAGUGUAUUGUUGUGCAUCUUUUUUAGAGUUGAUUUUUGCGAUGAUUUAUUAAUAGGAAUGUGAUUCCAAAUAAUUUAAAUGUCGACUCGAUCUAAUUGAAAGUAUGAGAAGACAGUGCGACAUCACUGCCGAGAGACUCAUAUUUUGUAAGCAGAAUGAACGGACGUGAAUUGCCAAUUAUAACGGUACCGAAAGCAUUGUAUAAAAAUAUACGUUAUAUACGCUUGUUCGCCGAUUUACAAACAUCGCUAAUACUAUUGCACGUGGCAAUAAAUUUUGCUGUGCACUUUGCAAUGAAUAAGAUUAGAAGGGAAAUAAAAAGACUCGACUAAUAUCAAGAUGAAAAGAAUGGGCGUUAUAUUUGGUAUCGGCUCUGUAAGAACAGUGAUAAUGAAUAAAUUUCAUAUAAAAUAUUUUUUUUUUCGCAUUUCAGCAUUAACGAGAGACAAAGAUUCUCGCGAGUAUCGUAUUUGUUAAUUGAUUACACGUAUGCAUAAUACGAUUGUCACGGGAUAUUUUAUACACGUAUAAACGUCGAAAUGUCAUGGAAAAGACAUAAUGAAUUUAUUUGUUCAAAAUCUAUGUGCUAGUCAGUUUCCAAGGACGCACAAUGACCCAAGAGAUGCAGACGAGAUAAAGUUCAGAAGUUUUUCUCGAGGAAAAAAAAAAAAGAAGAAGAAAAAGCAAGAAUAAUAUUUGAACACAGAGUCUGUGAGAAAGAAACGGAGAGAAUGUGUGAGAAUGAAUGAGAGAUGCGACGAGAUCAGCAAAACUAGAGUAGGAAUGAUACUUAAUUGGAAAUGAUAUUCGAAACUAACGUUAAUAUUUAAAAUAUUAUUCGUCACGUUGCCAAUAAUUAAACGAAUGCUAAAUCAAAGCUAACGUAACAAGUUUAGUAACAUUCUGUGCCAUUGUCGUUUUUUGUUUUAUUUAUAUUAAGGAUAAAAUUAUACAUAAUAUAUAUAUAUACAUAUUAUAUAUAUAUAUAUACAUACAUACAUACAUACAUACAUAAAUCAUUUCGUCUUUUCUUACUAGUAGGAUGAAAUAACAGAAUAAUUUCAUUGAAAGUGAACCAUUACAAUAAUUAAACGCAAGAAAAAAAAGAAAUAGAUACUGCAUAUUACAAUUUGACCAUAAAAAUAAUUCAUAAAAAUUUUUCUUCAAAGAUACAAAUACUACUAUAAAUUAAGUUGACAUAUAAAUCUUUGUGAGAUUAAAGUUACAAAUACGUGCGAUUCCACACCUAACUCGACAUGAUAAAAAAAACACGUGAUAAAAUGUGUUUUGAUUUUUAAUAGGUGGCCAAAUAGUGCCAAAAAAAAAUGGUAAUGUGCGACAGGAAAGCAAUUGGAUUCAAACGUUCGAGUAGUCAGGUUAUUUCUUUUACUUGGUGCCUUUGGCGUCGUCGGAACAAGAUAAUGUUCGGGGAUCGUCUUUCAUCUUCUUGUAAAAAAGAGAGAAAAAGCUAUCGUUAAAGUGAUUGUAGUGCAAGUAGCUAGAAAACUCCUGUAUUUGCUGAUGUUGCGUAAAACGGACAGUGAUUCAAGUGAUCAAGAUAAAAAAUUUCUCAUUCGUUAUUACGAUAGAAAAAAAAGAAGAAGAAGAAGAAAAGAAGAAGAAGAAGAAAAAAAAAGAUUCGAAUUAUCUCAACAAUAUUCGUGUUCAUUUUGCUAUUUUAUCGUAGAACACGAGGAACGCCAGUUUUCGUGGAUUGAUCGAUACAUGUAUCAUCGACAUCGUUCAAGAAUGUAAUCAUGUCUAUUUUCAUAAAUUGUGGUAGUCGUAAAAAAAAAAAAAAAAUGAAUUAAUACGGGCGCGAGUCGUUUUUACCAAUUGCGAUUUGAUUGUAGACAGGAUAAAAUGGUUUUUCAUUCACGGGAAAUCGGUAGGAAGUUUUAUUUCAAUACAAUGGAAAUUUUCAAUGGAAGGAAAGAGAUAUGGGGGAUACGCGUAGGAUUUAGUGUGAUUAUCAAUUUGUCUGAUAUAAACUUUUUUUUUUUUUUUUAACAUUACGUUUGUCCAUUAUUCUUUUCGCAAUUCAAUUCGUCAUUGCCGUAAUUAUUUAAAAAAGAAAAAGAAAAAAGAAAAAAGAAAAAAAAAAGAUUUAGAGUUUGACCUGGUGUGUACGGAUAUAUCCUGUAUAUAUAUACAUAUUAUUAAAUAAUAUAGAAUUUAAUGUAAUAUUAAUAUUACGGAUUAGAUAGCCACCGUCACUGCCUGCAGCGUGUUAGCUCGUGCCGAGAACGUGCAGACCUUGGCACUGCUGGACUCUGCAUAGUGUCGUCGCGAUCGUUUAUAAAGAAGGAAGAAAGAAGAAAGCUUGUUUUGUUAAGUUUUUGAGCAUUAUUAUAUUGACAGGAUUUAUAUUAUUAUAUUUACUAACGCGUGUAUGAUAUGUAGGUACGAAUAUUAAUUAAGGCAAUAUUAUAUCGAAAUUUUUGCCACUUUUUUCCUUUUUUUUUUUUUUUUUUUUCUUUUGCAUCACGAUCAUGAUGAAAAUUACGUACAUUGAAUUUAAUCACAUUUAUUCGUUAUAUACAGACAAUAUAUAUAUAUAUAGUUUUGCUAUUUUAUUUUAUUUAAUGCAGUGACAGAAGAAAAAAAAAACGAAAAUAACAAGCAUAAUUUAUUGUAAUUCAAAAAAAAAAAAAAAAAAGAAUCAUCACAAGAAUUUCUAUAUUCAAUGUCCGUGCUUAUUGUGUCCCAAUUAAUGUUAAAAAAAUGAAACGCAUAUUUUAAUUGUUACAAACGAUUAAAUGGAAAUAAUUAAGCACGGACAUUUCACAUUGUAAGAAAUCAUUGCGAUGUAAAAAAUGAUAUACGCUUUUACGUGUGACGUCAAUAAUAACGUAAAUUGGCGUGUAAAAAUGAAAUUAUAGAAAUUUUGUUCUUUUUUCUAUAUUCUGUGUAUGGAGAAAGGAGUUGAUUUUUGGUACUCGGUAUUAUUAAUAUUAUUAUUUUUAUCAUUAUCAUUAUUAUUGCCAAACUGUGCCGAUUCUUCGCUUUAUACGUUAUUCAUUUAAGUAUGACUAAAUUGAAUUGUAGGAUAAAUUUUUGCACCGCAGACGUAGCUAUUAAUUCUGUUAAUAUAUAAUUACUUUGAUACUUGUUGCACGCACAGAUGUAAAUACAGAUUUUUAAUAUACGAAAUUCUUCGACUGUGAAUUUUCUUUCGAUUUCCCGCGAAAAGGAAAUCAUUGAAAACAAAAAAAAAAAAAAGAAUAAAAAAACAAAAACUGUCUCGAUCGCCGAUAUACAUAUUUAAUAUGCUAAUGUUAUUAGUGGUAGAGACUAUAUUUUAUAUGCGAAAAAAAAAUAGUCGAUUGCUUCUGAUAUGUCUGUCAAUAAAAUGAAAUUUGAAAAUACCUAUUAAUCAUAUAUAUAACUUUGUAGUUUAACUUUUUUGUACUUUUAUCUUUUUUCGAAGUAUCUUCAAUUAGAAAAACUUGGGGGAGUUGUCGAGGCGCACUAGUCGAUAUAUAUAUA